AUGUGCCACUGGCUGCUUACUGCAUCCCCCCCUGAAAAAGGGGGAGGGACAUCGAGCGAUGCCUUUCCUGCCUCUGGAACUGGCUCACUGCGGCGGCUGGUGCUGUCUCUGCCUCCACUGGCUGAUGCCUCUGCCGCUGACUGGAGAAGAAAUGUCGUCUGCCCAGGGCUGGGAAGUUCUGCGCCACCUGUACAGGAAGCGAAUGUGACUCUGGAUCCAGACACGGCUCAUCCCCACCUCGUCCUGUCUGAGGACUGGAAAAGUGUGAGAUGGGGUGACACACGGCAGGAUCUGCCCGACACCCCUGAGAGAUUUGACACUGAGCCCUGUGUGCUGGGCUGUGAGGGAUUCACCUCGGGGAGACAUUGCUGGGAGGAUCAAAUGUGGAGCUGUUUGAGGAGUUUGAAGAAAGAGGGAGAUGAGAAAUUGGUGUUUAACUACGGUGGGGAGAAGGAAAACCCAGGAACUGCUGGGAAACAUUACAGGAUAUUUCAUUCCGGGAAACAUCUUAACCCCUGGAGCUCAGCAUCAGCUCAUUUAUGUUAAGGGUGAAAGAUCAAGCUACAACACAUAAUGUGAAAAUUUAUUUCAUGAUGAAAUAGAAAGAUCUCCAAAAAUGUCAUGUCCAAGAAUAAUCUAGAGAUCAUGCAGCCACGAAACCACUUCAAGCCAGGGGGUGCUGCAUCCCCAGUACCCUCAUUCCAGUACUUAAAACUUAUUUUUACAGGCUCUGUGUCUGACUGAAAAUAGUUCUUAGACCAAGAGUCCUGGGCAGUGUU